CCUUGUUGCCAUCAGAGCCCAUCCACAGUCUGCUCGAGGGAAACCUCACUUUGGCUUUUGGUCCUUAAGCUUGGGUGUAGAAUCGACGACAUCAUCGACGAACUCCGCAAUUCCGCAAACCGAGAUCUGGACGACCCAACGGCAACCAUGGCCUCGACAGACUUGGUAGGCUCGUACAGCUUCACAAAGACACAGACGAUCCAAUAUGGACCAAACUGUAUCAAGGACGUUCUUCCUGCACUAUUUGAUAGGCUACAAGUCAAGAAGGCCUUCAUCGUUACUGGCAACUCGCUCAAGACCAAGACCGAGGUCAUCAAGCAGAUUGAGGGUCUGCUUGGCGAUCGCCACGCUGGUACAUCCACCAAGAUAUCUCAGCAUACACCGGAAGAAGGUAUUCGUGAAACAUUGAAGGCAAUGGCGGACGCGAACGCCGAUGUGUUGCUCUCCGUCGGCGGUGGUUCUCCCAUCGAUGCUUGUAAAGCCAUUGCCUAUUUUCAUCACGAAGAAUCUGGUCAUUGGCUCAAACAUAUUGCUGUUCCGACAACUCUGAGUGCUGCUGAAUUUACCAGAAAUGCAGGGUAUACGCGAAAGGGUAAGAAAGUCGGCGUCAACCACCCACAACUCGCUCCCGAUGCAGUUAUCUUGGAUGGGGCGCUCACACUCUCUACACCGCUCAGACUGUGGCUCUCAACUGGCAUGCGUGCCUUGGAUCAUGCGGUUGAAUGUCAAACUCGUACAUACACGCCACCGCCGAUUCGCUCGCUCGGCCUGGCUGCAAUUCAGAAAUUCUUCCACUUGUUGCCAGCAUGCAAGGCAGACCCUGAUAAUGUCGAAAUUCGCCAACGCUUGCAGAUUGCAGCGUGGGAAUCCAUGUUUCCAUUUUUGCAGGAAGAAUCAAAGCAGUCUGGAUUUGGCUUGUCGCAUGCACUGGGUUACAUGCUUGGCUCGCCAUACGGUAUACCCCAUGGCAUCACCUCUUGCUUGACCCUCGCGACUGUUGUGCGAUGGCAAGCUGACCAUGCGUCUGUGGAGAACAAACAUAGACUAGCACAAAUUUUGCUCCUGCUGAACGAAAAGCGCCUUGGAUCUGUGGAAGACGAUGUAAAGCGCGUGGCAGAGUUGAUUGAUGGGCUCGUUGACACAUUGGAAUUGCGCUCUGGGCUGGUGGAGGCUGGUAUGCCUCGCGAAGACUUGGACAUGGUGAUCGAGGGAGCAGGACUCAAGGAUCAAGAUAAGGCAGACAUGGCCAAGCUUCUUCAGGCCCGUUUAUAGGCGUCGUAAAUGUACAAGGCAGACUGGAUUGCACACAUGUUGAGUAACCUGUCCAUCUGGUGCUCUCCAACUUAGCCGAAUUUAGUUUUCGAGGUUUGAACGUACAAACGACUCACUCGACAGAUCCCUUGCUCAAAAGAGAGCUGAGCGCCUUCUCGC